AUGCUCCCCAGGGUCUGUACUUAUUUGGCCGUCAGCUUUGCUUUGCUGUGGCAAUGUAGCACCGCCGUUCCGCUCGGAGCGCGUCAAUCACCGUUGCGCCUCACCGGAACGUGCAACGCACUCGCGCGCGCUCUGCUCUUGAACGUGUCAGCGGUGCUGGAGAUGGACCACUUGUUCAGCGGGUUUGACUGCACACAGCAGAACGCAGAGGUGCACAUCAGGACGCAAACGGUGUCUGCUUGCACACCACAGAACUCCAACUGCGCUCACAGUGCUGUUCUAAAUAUUGAUGAGAAUGAGUGCCUUCAGAGAAUUCUAGAAGAUCUCCAUUACUAUCUGGAGACAUUUAGAGCCUUCUCCAACUCAGAGCUCACCAAAUCUGUAGUUAGGAGCAUUGAUGAACUCAUGCAGAACUGCUUCUCUGUCUCUGCCAUGGACAACUCUCCGGCCAAGGUGUCCAUGGGUCAACAAAAAUCUUUUCAAGAACGACUGCAGCUGUGCAAAGUCCUAAAGGGUUUCAACAUUCGAACAAUAACAAUAAAUCGUGUUUUCAACCACAUUUUGUCAAAAUAGAAAACUAGCAGUUGAUACGGGCCAAGCACCUUUUCGUUUACUGUUAUAAAAAGCAAUGAUUAUUUAUUAGUAAGUUAUUUAUUGUAUUUAAACAUUAUUUAUUAAUGCAAUAAUGUAUGCUAUUUAUUUUCUGUGAACUUGAUUUG